CUUUCUAAAACUUUCAGCCGGUGGCCACACUCUCAGCCGUCAACAACAUAACGCGUUUUUUCUAGCGGAUCGGCCGAACUAUAUUCUUGAUAAGUAAUGUGCUGAAAAGAACAGAACUACCAAAGACCCACUUGUCAUAGAUGCAUACGAGAUCGAGAUCGUUAGCCAAACAAAAAUCACGUUCGCAAACGACCAGAAAAACACUUGAAAUUGAACCGAAAUCCCGAACUCGGCAAGCGGUUAGAGUUGUGUAACACGGACGGACGGGCCACGAGAAGAAGAAACGUGAACUAGAACUUUGAGUCUCUCCGCUGGUUGUGUCAAAUCGAGUUGCAGGUGAAAAAGAAGUUGAUAUCAUGGCGCUCGAAACGGAACCGAAGAAUUCAAAUGCAACGUCCGCGGGUGAUGCUACAACAACGACGAAGACCAGCGGCAAGGCCAAGGAGAACAACAACACAGCCGGCAGCAAAAAGAAUCAGAAUCCGAAUCAGCAGAAUCAGAACUUGGUCAAUGGCAAUGGCACGGCUGCCGACGGUUUGGCUGCGAAGAAGAAAGGCAAGAAGAACCGCAACAAAAGCCCGCCCGAACCCACUGCCGAACAUGUGGGGGCCGCUCUGAGCAACGGACAUGCCGAGAAGCCAACUGCCGAGGAAGCGGGUAAGGCUGAAGUCGAUCCCAAUGCGAAUUUGGAGAAACCGGAGGGCGGAGCGGCGCCACAGGCUGAGGCGGAGGGAGAGGACAUCGAUCUAGACGCCCUCCAUGACGUCGGCAUCACGGUGAAUAUCAGCAGUCCCGGCGCAGAUCUGCUCUGCGUGCAGCUAUCGAGCAUGGAGCUGGUGCAGGAAAUCCACCAGCUGCUCAUGGACCGCGAGGAGACCUGCCACCGCACCUGUUUCUCUCUGCAGCUAGACAACGUGACGCUGGACAAUUUCGCUGAGCUGAAGACAAUCGAAAACCUGGAGCAGGGAUCUACUAUUAAAGUGGUGGAGGAGCCGUACACCAUGAGGGAGGCCCGUAUCCACGUGCGUCAUGUUCGCGACCUUCUCAAACACCUUGAUCCUGCGGACGCCUACAACGGUAUUGACUGCACCUCACUGACCUACUUAAACACGAUCACCCAGGGCGAUUUGUUGGACAAAAAGAAGACGCGACCGGAUUCGGUAGAUUGCACCCCACCAGAGUAUGUGACUCCGGGAGUGAACGAGCCGCCACUUCUACCACUGCAUCCAAAUGUAAAGAACGCAAAGGGACCGCAGGCUCUCAAGGUACUCACCACAUCCGCCUGGAACCCGCCGCCCGGCCCUCGCAAGCUGCACGGCGACCUCAUGUAUCUGUACGUCGUCACCAUGGAGGAGAAGCGCUUCCACAUCUCGGCCUGCUCCAAAGGGUUCUACAUCAACCAGUCAACGGACGACACCUUCAACCCCAAGCCCGACAAUCCCAGCCACCUCAGCCACUCGCUGAUCGAUCUGCUCUCCCACAUAUCGCCAUCGUUCCGACGUGCCUUCCAGACUAUCCAGAAGCGGCGCACCAUGCGCCAUGCCUUCGAGCGGGUCGCCACGCCCUACCAGGUGUACCAGUGGGCAUCGCCCACUCUUGAGCACACCGUAGACGCCAUUCGCGCUGAGGAUGCUUUCAGCUCCAAGUUGGGCUAUGAGGAGCACAUCCCUGGACAGACGCGCGACUGGAACGAAGAGCUGCAGACGACGCGGGAACUGCCACGUAAAACACUGCCAGAGCGCUUGCUGCGCGAGCGCGCCAUAUUCAAGGUGCACGGAGACUUCGUGACCGCCGCCACGAGAGGCGCCAUGGCCGUUAUUGACGGCAACGUGCUGGCCAUCAAUCCCGGCGAGGAUUCCAAAAUGCAGAUGUUCAUCUGGAACAACAUAUUCUUCUCGCUGGGUUUCGAUGUAAGGGACCACUACAAGGAGUUGGGCGGCGACGCAGCUGCAUUUGUUGCCCCGCGAUAUGAUCUUCAUGGUGUGCGGGUCUACAAUGCCGUAGAUGUGGAAGGAUUGUACACACUGGGAACCGUGGUAAUUGAUUACCGCGGAUAUCGCGUGACCGCUCAGUCUAUCAUCCCAGGAAUUCUCGAACGGGAGCAGGAGCAGAGCGUGGUCUAUGGGUCCAUCGAUUUUGGCAAGACGGUGCUGAGUCAUCCCAAGUACUUGGAACUUCUUCGACAGGCAGGAAAACAUCUGAAGAUCCUGCCGCAUGCGGUGCUGAAUGAGCGGGAUGAGCCCGUGGAGCUGUGCUCCUCGGUAGAGUGCAAGGGCAUCAUCGGCAACGAUGGCCGGCACUACAUCCUCGACCUUUUGCGCACCUUCCCGCCAGACGUCAACUUCCUGAAGCUGCAGGACGUGCAAAUAAGCAAGGAACUGGUCGAUAUGGGUUUCCCCAUCGAGCAUCGCCACAAGCUGUGCUGCCUGCGACAGGAACUGCUCGAGGCGUUCAUCGAGGACCGCUAUGUGAGCUUCAUCCGGAUUGCCGCCGUGCACCUGCAGCAGCUCAAUGCCAAAAAGCAGACUGAAAAGGCUGAGGAGAAGCCAGUUCCCGCUUUGGAGGGCGCAGAGGCGGAAGCUAAGACAAACGGUGCAGAGGAAUCUGAAAGCAAAGAGGAGAAGAUGGAAGAGAAGGAGGAGAAGUCGCAGCCCUCUACCGGCGACACAAAGACCGCCGAGGCCAUGGUGAACGCCAUCCGGGAGGCGCAGUCCAACGUUGCCACUUCCAACGAGGUGCAAGCCGCCGAGGUAGUUAAACGAGCCUGCGCCGCCGUCGGAUCGCUGAAGGAAAAAGAGUUCGACUUCCGCUUCAACCCCGACGUGUUCUCGCCCGGCAUUCGGCACGUCGACGGCGAGGAGGGCACCUGCAGCUCGCUGGCCAAGCAGAAGGUUCUCGUACAGGAAGCCGCCGAAUUUCUGGUCCUUAAGCAGAUACCCGCCUUUAUCAAGGAGCACCUGGCCCACUCCUCGCCGCCAAUCGAUGGCCAGAGCCUGACCGAAUCCCUACACAGUCACGGCAUAAACGUGCGCUACCUGGGCAAGGUUAUCAAGAUGCUGGGCCAGAUGCCGCGUAUGGACUACCUGUACAGGAUCGCUAUCCUCGAACUGAUCGUGCGGGCCACCAAACACAUCUACUACACCUACAUGCAGAACACAGAGCCUCUGCACCUGUCCGCCGCCAUCAGCCACUUCCUCAACUGUUUGCUGACCAACGGACCAGUCAAUCCGGCUGUGAGCAGUGAGGAGGCGCACAAAAAACGCACCAAUGGCGGCAAGCACAACAAGCACAAGUCAUCCAAGGGCGGCAAGGGUCAGCAGCAGCAACAGGCGGUUGGCAACCAGAACGGCAGCUCAUCGGGCUCCUCGAAUGCCUCAUCCACCUCCGACUGGGCUCUGGUUACCCCUCGCUCGCUGUGGCAGCAAAUUCGGCGCGAGGCCAAGGCCUAUUGGGACUGGGACCUUGACUGCGACUCGAUUGAAAGUGCGGUGAGCAAGUACGGUAUUCUGAGGAUCAGCCUGCUGCGUGCCUUCUGCCUCAAGGUGGGCAUCCAGGUGCUAUUGCGCGAGUACAACUUCGAGUCCAAGCACAAGCCCACUUUCGGCGACGAUGACAUCGUCAACGUAUUCCCGGUAGUCAAGCACAUUAGCCCCCGGGCAACCGAUGCCUACAAUUUCUACACCACGGGGCAGGCCAAGAUCCAGCAGGGCAUGUUCAAGGAGGGCUACGAGCUGAUCAGCGAGGCCCUCAACUUGCUGAACAACGUUUUCGGGGCGAUGCACCAGGAGAACGGAUCUUGUCUGCGGAUGCUGGCCAGGCUCAGCUAUUUGCUGGGAGAUGCCCAGGAUGCUCUGGCCAUCCAGCAGCGGGCAGUAAUCAUGAGCGAGCGGGUGAACGGCAUUGACCACCCCUCAACCAUUUUGGAAUAUACACACUUAUCGCUCUAUUCGUUUGCCAACGGACAUGUGGGAAUGUCCCUUAAGCUGCUGUACAGAGCACGCUAUCUGAUGGUGCUCAUCUGCGGUGAAGAUCAUCCUGAGGUGGCUCUCAUCGAUAGCAACAUAAGUUUGAUUUUGCAUGCUCUGGGUGAGUACGAGCUGUCGCUGCGUUUUAUCGAGCACGCCCUGAAGCUGAACCUCAAGUACUUUGGCAACAAGGCCAUGCAUGUAGCGGUCAGCUAUCACCUGAUGGCCCGCACUCAGUCCUGCAUGGGUGACUUCCGCUCGGCUUUAAACAACGAAAAGGAAACUUACUCCAUUUACAAGUCUCAGCUUGGGGAGAAACAUGAAAAGACCAGGGAUUCGGCGGAGUGCCUGCGCCUUCUGACUCAGCAGGCUGUGCUGCUGCAGCGCAAGAUGAACGACAUCUAUUCCAGUGGCAAACUGACCAGCGACCUGCCGCCCAUCCACAUCACACCGCCCUCGAUGGGCUCCGUGCUGGAUAUGCUGAACACUAUCAAUGGCAUUCUGUUCGUGCAGAUUAGCCAAAAAGACAUUGUCAAGGUGCGCAGCGAAAUUGAGAAGCAUUUCAAGGCCAAUAGCGCCGAGAGCGAGGUAAACGAUGCCAUCAAAUCCAUUGUGGCUGCUGCCAACAACAAUGGAGAGGCGGAGGAAGGGGCCUCGAAGGACAUUAAUGAUCAGGCGGUAACAGGAUCGCAGCUAACAAACGGAGAAAGUGCCACCACCACUGAGGCAACUUCAAGUUGAACACUCCAGAGGCAAAAGUAAACAUUUGAAAUCCCAAGAAGUCACAAAAUUUGCCGCCUGUUUGUUGCACUGUGUCGCAUCGUUAACUGUAUUUUGGGACUGAGCAAAAUUUAAAAACAGCAAUGACCUAUCAACUGCAACGUCAUCAACAACUACCAACUCCGUAAUAAAACAUAAUUGUCUAUGUUUUUCUUAAAGGCUGCUCUUGUACUGCUCACACACAUCGCAUCGCGUCGUAUUUAGGAAUACGCAUAUAAGGACCUAUGCCUCUUUGUGGUAUAGGCAAAUAAAAUACUUUUAGGCUUAGUCAAGCAAACUAUCAGCUACACUAUCAAGCAUCCUAAUCUAACGGACCGAUAUCAUCACCCCGAAACCAGCUAUAAAAAAAAGUUGACUUGUUUUAAACCACAAAAAGUCGUCUAGCUCAUACAGAUAUAUGUUUUGUUAACCAUUUGCAAGCCCAUCAAAUGCCUUUUAUAGUUUAUAAUCGAUUGCACGUAAUUUUAUGAAUUGUUUUCUGUUGAAUUAACUUAACGAGUGCAACUAAAUAUUUUACAAUAACGUUAAGAUACACCCGAUUGGAAAAGAAAUCAGAGGAAUUAUUGAAUGAUUACGUUUUUGUUAUACAACUAUCAUAUAGAUAUAUAUCAGAAAAUAUAUAUUAUUCAUAUGUAAUGCAUACACUUUUGGGUCCUUGGUGUGUCAAGGUCCGCAAGAACAUUUAUUCAUACGAACAAAAUGGUUUUUUAUUAUUAAAAAGGUCGUAAAGCGAUCAAAUAAAAAUGAA